AGGCCAUCAUCUGAGGCGAAGAGUAUACGAUUUCGAUGAUGAUUUCUACAGUGACAAUCACAUACUAAUAAAGAUGGACACUAAGGUGAGCGGAAUUGACUCCAAUCGUCACAGCAUCGCCAUGUCCACUGGAAAGAGAUGGCGAUACAGCAAACUUGUAUUGGCUCUUGGUGUUGUGCCGAAAAAGCUGAAUGUUGCAGGCGCUGACUUGAGGAACGUCUACACCCUACGUGUUGCAAAAGAUGCCAACGCUAUCGCUGCCAACGCUGAAGGAAAACGCGUAGUCUGCAUUGGAGGAUCAUACUU